UCCCUGCGUGUGGAAGGUUUACAGGAAGUGACGUCAUUCAGUAAACAGCGGCCGUUGCAGAGGAGGCGCACGUGGUUUACUGGAGGUGAGAGGCUCUCCUGCGUGUAAGGCUCACCAUGGUGUUCUUCACCUGCAAUGGCUGUGGUGAAUCCCUGAAGAAAGCUCAAGUGGAGAAACAUCUCGUCAGCUGCCGGAGCUGUCAGUGUCUUUCUUGUAUUGACUGUGGUAAAGAUUUCUGGGGAGACGAGUAUAAAACCCACCUGAAGUGUCUAACCGAGGAUGAGAAAUAUGGCGGCAAAGCCUUUGAGGCCAAGGCCAACAAAGGAGAUGUGAAGCAGCAGCAGUGGAUUCAGAGAAUCCAUGAAGCGAUGAAGAAGCCGAACAUUAGUGACAAUAUAAGGAACAUUUUAAGUAAGAUUAGUACAUAUGAGAAUGUUCCCAGAAAGAAGGCGAAAUUCCAGAAUUGGAUGAUAAACUGUUUAAAAGUCAAUAAUCAAGCCGUGCAGGAUGCAGUGUGGGAGUGUUUCUCAGAGGCCACAAGUAAUCAAAAAGAUAACGCUAAUAACAAUGCGCCAAAGCCAUCUAACACUUCAGAGGCUCAGAGUAAAUCUGAGUCGUCUGCAGCCACUGAGGAAACCGAGAAGAAGAGCAAGCGGGAACGGAAAGAGGAAAGGCAGAAAAAGAAUAGAAGAGAGAAAAAAGAUCUAAACUCAGAGGAGCCACUGCAGAAUGGCGCAAAAAAGAAAGGGAAGAAGCGGAAGAUGGAAGAUGAAGCGAAUGGUCAUGAUGAAGCCAAUGAUGAGGAGACUAGAGGAAAAAAGAAGAAGAAGAAGCAGCAGCAGCGAGAAUGUGAGGGUGGAGAGAAGGAAGCACCUCGGCAAAAGAAGAAACGUAAUGAUUCAGAAGGAGAAGUACAGGAAGCGGAGGCAGACGAGAACGGGGCUGAUGACGAUGGUGAAGAGGACAGCGGGAAAAAGGGUAAAUUCAACUGGAAGGGAACAAUCAAGGCACUGCUGAAGCAGGCUCCUGACAACGAACUGCCUAUCAAGAAACUCCGGAAAAAGGUCAUUGCACAGUAUCACGCGGUAUCUUCUGAGCAUCACAGAUCUGAAGAGGUGCUUCUCGCCACCUUCAACAAGAAAGUUCAGAACAAUCCAAAAUUUAGAGUAUUAAAAGAAAGAGUAAAGCUAGUGAAAUAAGUCCAAAUGUAGUUCACCAGAGUUCUAGUAUACUGUUCUCAGCAUUGUUCAUUGUUGUAUACUGUUUUAUGAGCCCAGGCUAAAACAAAAUGUUGAUAAUCAUCCCACCCCUUUUAAGUUAGGAAUUUCAAGGUGGGUCUCCAUCUAAAUUUAUGACACAGUUGAUGCAUCAAUAAGACAAAAAAAAAAUAUUAAAAACCAACUAGUUUC